CUCCGUGACUACCAUCACUGCUCUUCUCUUCUCGGUGAGCUCAAAACACAACAACACUCACUCACUAGGGCUUCUGUUUUGCUCUCUCUACCUCCACGCAAACCGCAUUGUAGCCGGCGGUGACUCAGUCAUUCUGCCGGAGAAUGUCGUCGGAGCCGCAGCCACCGCCGCAGAGGCGGAUAACGCGGACGCAGACGACAGGGAACCUCGGAGAGGCGAUAUUCGACAGUGAGGUUGUGCCUUCCUCUCUCGUCGAGAUUGCGCCCAUUCUCCGCGUGGCUAAUGAGGUUGAGAAGACGCAUCCAAGAGUUGCUUAUCUCUGUCGGUUCUACGCGUUCGAGAAAGCUCAUAAGCUCGACCCGACUUCCAGUGGUCGCGGUGUUCGGCAAUUUAAGACCGCGCUUCUUCAACGUCUUGAAAGAGAAAAUGAUCCAACAUUGAAAGGAAGGGUAAAGAAGAGUGAUGCUCGUGAGAUGCAGAGUUUUUAUCAGCAUUACUACAAAAAAUAUAUUCAAGCUUUGCAAAAUGCUGCUGAUAAAGCUGAUCGUGCACAGCUUACCAAGGCAUAUCAGACUGCUAAUGUUCUUUUUGAGGUUUUGAAGGCUGUUAACUUGACACAGUCUAUGGAAGUUGACCGUGAGAUUUUAGAGACUCAAGAUAAGGUUGCUGAGAAGACUGAGAUCUUAGUUCCUUAUAAUAUUCUUCCUCUUGAUCCUGAUAGUGCAAACCAGGCAAUAAUGAGAUUUCCUGAGAUUCAAGCGGCUGUAUUUGCUCUGCGUAACACUAGAGGCCUUGCUUGGCCUAAGGACUACAAGAAAAAAAAAGAUGAAGACAUCCUGGAUUGGCUUGGGGCAAUGUUUGGGUUUCAGAAGCACAAUGUGGUAAAUCAGAGAGAGCAUUUGAUCUUACUGCUUGCAAAUGUGCACAUUAGACAAUUUCCCAAGCCGGAUCAACAGCCAAAGUUGGAUGAACGUGCACUGACAGAAGUGAUGAAGAAACUUUUCAAGAAUUACAAAAAAUGGUGCAAGUAUUUGGGUCGGAAGAGUAGCCUUUGGUUGCCAACCAUACAACAAGAAGUGCAGCAGCGUAAAUUACUAUACAUGGGUCUAUAUCUUCUAAUAUGGGGUGAAGCUGCUAACAUAAGAUUCAUGCCAGAAUGCCUGUGCUAUAUUUAUCACCAUAUGGCUUUUGAAUUGUAUGGUAUGCUUGCUGGUAAUGUUAGUCCAAUGACGGGAGAGAAUGUCAAACCCGCCUAUGGAGGUGAAGAGGAGGCCUUCCUAAGGAAAGUUGUAACUCCUAUAUAUAAUGUGAUUGCUAAGGAAGCUGAACGAAGCAAAAAGGGGAGGUCAAAGCAUUCAGAAUGGAGGAACUAUGAUGAUUUAGAUGAAUAUUUCUGGUCAGCUGAUUGUUUUCGGCUUGGUUGGCCAAUGCGUGCAGAUGCUGAUUUCUUUUGCCUGCCAGUUGAGCAGCUAAAUUUUGAUAAAUCUAACGAUAACAAGCCAGCUAACAGGGACAAAUGGGUUGGAAAGGUCAAUUUUGUUGAGAUCAGGUCAUUUUGGCAUAUUUUUCGAAGUUUUGAUCGCAUGUGGGGUUUUUUCAUUCUGUGCUUACAGGCAAUGAUUAUUGUUGCUUGGAAUGGAUCUGGGGAUCCAGGUGCAAUCUUUUAUGGUGAUGUUUUCAAGAAGGUGCUUAGCGUAUUUAUAACAGCGGCUAUAUUAAAGCUUGGGCAAGCUAUUCUGGAUGUGAUCCUCAGUUGGAAAGCACAACGGAGUAUGUCAAUGCAUGUUAAGUUAAGAUACAUUCUGAAAGUUGUUUCAGCUGCAGCAUGGGUGAUUGUUCUAUCAGUUACUUUUGCAUAUACUUGGGACAAUCCUCCUGGCUUUGCUCAAACCAUCCAAAGUUGGUUUGGAAGCAAUUCAAGUUCGCCUUCAAUGUUUAUUAUGGCUGUUAUUGUAUACCUGUCACCAAAUAUGCUAGCUGCCGUGUUGUUUCUCUUCCCACUCAUCCGUCGUUUUCUUGAGAGGUCGAACUAUAGGAUUGUGAUGCUAAUGAUGUGGUGGUCACAGCCUCGCCUUUACAUUGGUAGGGGGAUGCAUGAGAGCGCAUUUUCCCUUUUCAAGUACACAAUGUUUUGGGUUCUCCUUAUAAUUACAAAGUUAGCAUUCAGUUACUAUAUAGAGAUAAAACCUUUGGUGGGACCUACAAAAGCUAUCAUGAGUGUAAAAAUCUCAACUUUCCAGUGGCAUGAAUUCUUUCCCCAUGCUCGAAAUAAUCUUGGUGUUGUAGUUGCACUUUGGGCUCCGAUUAUUCUGGUAUAUUUCAUGGAUACCCAGAUUUGGUAUGCCAUAUUCUCUACUUUAUUUGGUGGUAUUUAUGGGGCAUUCCGUCGCCUUGGUGAGAUAAGGACCCUAGGAAUGCUUAGAUCUCGUUUUGAAUCAUUACCUGGUGCCUUUAAUGCCUGUUUGAUCCCAGAAGAAACGAGUGAGCCAAGGAAAAAAGGAUUCAAAGCCACUUUGUCUCGUAGAUUUGAUCAGAUCCCAUCUAACAAAGGAAAAGAAGCUGCAAGAUUUGCUCAACUGUGGAACCAAAUAAUCACUAGUUUUAGAGAGGAAGAUCUGAUCAGUGAUAGGGAAAUGAACCUUUUGCUUGUCCCUUAUUGGGCUGAUCGUGAGCUGGACAUGAUACAGUGGCCACCAUUUCUACUUGCUAGCAAGAUUCCAAUUGCAUUGGAUAUGGCUAAGGAUAGCAACGGAAAGGAUAGAGAUCUGAAAAAAAGAAUUGAGGCUGACAGCUAUAUGUCUUGUGCUGUUCGGGAAUGCUAUGCUUCAUUUAAAAGCAUUGUUAAGUACUUGGUUCAAGGGGAUCGCGAGAAACAGGUUAUAGAAUACAUUUUCUCUGAGGUAGACAAUCAUAUUGAAGCUGGUGACCUAAUAAGUGAAUUCAGGCUGAGUGCACUUCCUAGCCUCUAUGAGCAAUUUGUUGAGCUAAUCAAAUAUUUGUUAGACAAUAAGCCUGAAUACAGGGACCAAGUUGUGAUUCUGUUCCAAGACAUGCUGGAGGUGGUGACAAGAGAUAUAAUGAUGGAGGAUCAUAUAUUCAGCUUGGUAGAUUCUAUCCAUGGUGGACCUGGGCAUGAUGGGAUGCUUCUUCUUGAGCAACAGCACCAGUUAUUUGCAUCUGAAGGGGCUAUCAGGUUUCCGAUUGAACCAGUCACAGAAGCUUGGACGGAGAAGAUAAAACGGCUUUACUUGCUGCUUACUACAAAAGAAUCAGCAAUGGAUGUACCAUCUAACUUGGAAGCCAAAAGGCGCAUUUCUUUUUUCUCAAAUUCACUGUUUAUGGAUAUGCCUACAGCACCCAAAGUUCGCAAUAUGCUUUCAUUUUCGGUUUUAACACCAUACUACACAGAAGAGGUUCUAUUUUCCUUGCGCGAGCUGGAAUCACCCAAUGAAGAUGGUGUUUCAAUACUCUUCUACUUGCAGAAGAUCUUUCCAGAUGAAUGGAACAACUUUCUUCAGCGAGUAAAUUGUUUGAGUGAGGAGGAACUUAAAGGGAAUGAAUCUGACGAGUUAGAAGAAGAACUUCGUCAGUGGGCAUCAUACCGCGGCCAAACUUUGACCCGAACUGUGAGAGGAAUGAUGUACUACAGAAAAGCUUUGGAGCUCCAGGCUUUUCUUGAUAUGGCCAAAGAUGAAGAUUUGAUGGAAGGCUACAAAGCCAUAGAAAAUUCAGACGAUAACUCAAGGGGUGAAAGGUCAUUGUGGUCACAAUGUCAAGCAGUAGCUGAUAUGAAAUUCUCAUAUGUGGUGUCAUGCCAGCAAUAUGGGAUUGACAAGCGAUCUGGCGCUGCUCGUGCACAAGACAUACUGAGGCUUAUGACAAGAUAUCCUUCACUUCGAGUUGCCUAUAUUGAUGAGGUAGAGGAACCUAGCAAAGAGAGGCCGAAAAAAAUCAACAAGGUUUAUUACUCUUGCUUGGUGAAGGCUGUGCCAAAAUCCAGUAGUCCUUCUGAGACAGAGCCUACACAAUAUUUGGACCAAGUCAUAUAUAAAAUAAAGCUUCCUGGGCCAGCUAUAUUGGGUGAGGGUAAACCUGAGAAUCAGAACCAUGCUAUUAUUUUCACACGUGGAGAAGGCUUGCAAACAAUAGAUAUGAAUCAGGAUAACUACAUGGAAGAAGCUUUAAAAAUGAGAAAUUUGUUGCAAGAAUUUCUGAAGAAGCAUGACGGUGUGAGAUUCCCCAGUAUUCUUGGACUUAGGGAGCAUAUAUUCACUGGAAGUGUUUCUUCUCUUGCAUGGUUUAUGUCUAAUCAAGAGACAAGUUUUGUGACAAUUGGUCAGAGAUUGUUGGCUAAUCCACUGAGAGUUCGCUUCCACUAUGGUCACCCUGAUGUUUUUGAUCGGCUUUUUCACCUCACAAGAGGGGGUGUCAGCAAAGCCUCCAAGGUUAUAAACUUGAGCGAAGAUAUCUUUGCUGGCUUCAACUCUACACUUCGUGAAGGAAAUGUUACUCAUCAUGAGUACAUACAAGUUGGGAAAGGGAGAGAUGUGGGUCUCAACCAGAUUUCUAUGUUUGAAGCAAAGAUAGCUAAUGGCAACGGAGAGCAAACACUGAGUCGAGAUGUGUACCGACUUGGGCACCGUUUUGACUUCUUCAGAAUGUUGUCCUGUUAUUUCACCACAAUUGGGUUUUACUUCAGUACACUUGUAACUGUUCUGACUGUAUAUGUAUUCCUCUAUGGUCGCCUUUAUCUCGUCCUUAGUGGGCUUGAAGAAGGUUUGAGUACACAAAAAGCCAUUCGAGACAAUAAGCCUCUUCAAGUGGCUCUUGCCUCUCAGUCCUUUGUUCAAAUUGGGUUUUUGAUGGCUUUGCCUAUGUUGAUGGAAAUUGGCUUGGAAAGGGGUUUCCGAACUGCACUUAGUGAGUUCAUAUUAAUGCAGUUGCAGCUUGCACCAGUUUUCUUCACAUUUUCACUUGGGACAAAGACUCAUUAUUAUGGUAGGACAUUGCUUCAUGGAGGUGCAAAAUAUAGAGCUACGGGUCGGGGGUUUGUGGUUUUCCAUGCUAAAUUUGCUGACAACUAUAGACUAUACUCCCGUAGCCACUUUGUCAAGGGUAUUGAGCUCAUGGUUUUGCUUAUUGUAUACCAAAUUUUUGGUCAUACUUAUAGAAGUGGGGUUGCAUAUCUUUUGAUUACAAUAUCGAUGUGGUUUAUGGUUGGGACCUGGCUUUAUGCUCCCUUCUUGUUCAAUCCUUCUGGGUUUGAGUGGCAAAAGAUUGUUGAUGAUUGGACCGAUUGGAAUAAAUGGAUUAGCGUCCGAGGUGGUAUAGGUGUACCAUCUGAAAAAAGUUGGGAAUCCUGGUGGGAAGAGGAACAAGAGCAUCUCCAAUAUUCAGGAAUGCGCGGAAUCAUAGCUGAGAUAUUGUUAUCUUUGCGGUUUUUUAUCUAUCAGUAUGGUCUUGUUUAUCACUUGAACUUUACGAAAAAAACACAAAAAAGUUUUCUGAUCUAUGGCAUAUCAUGGUUGGUGAUCUUUCUAAUACUAUUUGUAAUGAAGACGGUGUCUGUUGGGAGACGAAAAUUCAGUGCAGAUUUUCAACUUGUCUUCCGGUUAAUCAAGGGAAUGAUAUUCGUGGCUUUUGUCUCGAUUCUAGUCACCAUGAUUGCCCUUCCUCACAUGACAAUGCAGGACAUAAUUGUUUGCAUUCUUGCGUUCAUGCCUACUGGUUGGGGGAUGCUACAGAUUGCACAAGCAUUAAAGCCUCUAGUACGCCGAGCUGGAUUUUGGGGAUCAGUAAAAACUCUGGCCCGUGGUUAUGAGGUUGUGAUGGGUUUGCUUUUGUUCACUCCAGUUGCCUUCCUGGCUUGGUUUCCUUUUGUUUCAGAAUUUCAGACCCGCAUGCUGUUCAACCAAGCUUUCAGCCGAGGUUUGCAAAUUUCUCGUAUCCUUGGAGGCCAAAGGAAGGGACGCUCUUCUCGCAACAAGGAAUAGUUUGUCUCCACACCAAAACAUAUGCACUUGAAUCUCAUUUCCUUUGUUUGCUGUAAUAGCUAGAGCUAUGUUUAUGUUAUAGUUGUAAGUAGUAGUUGUAACUUAGAAUUGGAUAGAUGCAUAACUAUAUGGCCAUUGUUAGUCAGAGCUAGAGAGAGCUAGGCUUUAAUUUUUGUUAGUCAUUGCGAUCGUCAAUGACUGCAAUUUUUAUUCAAUUAAAAUAUGGCCAUACCGAAAAGCCAAACCCGCAGAUACGAAUGCAACUAAUUGUCCCAUCUGUAAAGUUGUUUUUCACCCUUUUUAA